CCGACCGCUACACACUGACCAGAUAAAUAAAAAAAAAAUGAUAAAUAUAAACGUAUAAAUAAAAAAUAAUACUCGUCAAUGUUUCAUACCUAUUGCAAUCGUAAUAAUAAUAAUAACAAUAAUUUAUAAGUCGACGGCUCGAUUUCGAUUUCAUUACUAUGCGAGUUACCACGUUACACGCGUGUCGUAUCGAUAGCCGUUCGAUAACGAUCGUAGUUGAUUGAAUCGCGCGUGUUCGAGUGCAGUAGUGUGUUGUGGUGUGCAAUAACGACGGCGUCCGAUUAAAUAAUAUAUAUUGUUAUUAUUUUUUUUAUUUUUUUUAUUAUCAUUAUUAUUAUUCACUCGUCGGACGAAUCAAUAUUUUUGUAUUCGUUCGUUUUAAUGGUAUCGCGAUUCCUUCGGCGCGGACUAUGCUGCAGACCGGGGAUAUCAGGCGUGCCAAGUCAAUGAACAAUCAUAAUUGAAAAUUUAAACGAAAACCAGGUCUGUGCCAGCAUGAGAAUAGCGACCUCAUGGAUCGUCAUGUCUCUACUGACCGCCAUAUUCGAAUCGUCUCAAGGCCAUGAUCAUCAUAAAGCGCUUAAUAAUUACAAGAUCAACAAGAAACCGUGCUCGGUGAAUAGCCUGGAGGGGACGUGCAUGUUUGUGUACGAGUGCAUCAACACCGACGGCCGGCACAUCGGCAUGUGCGUGGACACGUUCAUGUUCGGCAGCUGUUGCGCGCACAACCUGACCACGGCGCAACUGGCCAUGUUGCCAGACUCGUCGGAGCCGGCGGUGUUGUUCACUCAGCCCGGCGGCACCGGCGUGUCGCAGCGGCCGCAGCGGCCGCACCACAGGCCACACCGUCCGUCCCAGGUGAUUACUCGGCCCAACGGCGGGGACGCGGACGGCGCCGGUAUGCCGUCGUCGUCGGUGGACAAGAAGUACCACUACCAGCCGGCGUCGGCCACGCAACAGACGCCRAACAUGCAGCCGCAGUCGGCUCACGUCAACCGCGUACCGUCCACCAACUUCAUUUCGAACAGCCGGCCCAACUUUUUGUCCAGGCCCGCAGCCCAGCCGUACACGACGACGACGACCACAACGACGACGACGACGACGACGACGACACCGACACCGCCGCCGUCGGUCCAGGAAGUGGACGACAACGACAACAAAGUUGAUUCAGUCUGGUCACAUAGACCUAGUUGGAGUUCGAAUAUGGGUAACCAUCAUUCGUUCAUCACCAAGCAAAAGCCACCUCCUCAACACAGACCACAGUAUAUGAUACCAUCGUCGACUAUGUUGAUAACCACUAGCACUAAACCUACCACUACCACGACAACUACCACUACGGCUCCUCCUACGACAACGAGUACAUCUACAACCACUCUUGCGCCCGAACCACCAAAACCGACCACUACAACUACUACCACUAAUAAACCUUUAGUUAUAAGUACAACAACUAGUCCCAUGGUAAUACCCACCACAGUUUCGAGUAAGCCCGAAAAACAUACCGCUAAGCCGGGGGUAUCGGCUGAGACCAAUCAAAAAUCAAUGCCUUGUGGUUUAGCUCCUUUGCACCCCAGGCACGAAGUCCGCAUUGUUGGCGGGAGAAACUCUGCGUUUGGUAGUUGGCCUUGGCAGGUAUCUGUGCGAAGGACGUCAUUCUUUGGAUUUUCUAGUACGCAUCGAUGUGGAGGAGCUUUAUUAAAUGAAAACUGGAUAGCAACAGCUGGCCAUUGCGUUGAUGACUUGCUGACAUCACAAAUUCGCAUACGAGUCGGCGAGUACGACUUUUCAUCCGACCAAGAACCAUAUCCGUUUGUGGAACGUGCUGUUGCCCGGAAAAUUGUGCACCCUAAGUACAAUUUUUUCACAUACGAGUAUGAUUUGGCCAUGGUGCGAUUAGAAGCGCCUGUAAAAUACACACCCCACAUAGUGCCUAUAUGUUUACCUGGCUCAGAUGACCUUCUGAUUGGCGAAAAUGCCACCGUAACUGGAUGGGGACGACUAAGCGAAGGAGGCACUUUACCUUCAGUGUUACAAGAGGUGAGUGUACCAAUUGUUAGUAAUGACAAGUGUAAAAGUAUGUUUUUGAGAGCUGGCAGACAUGAAUAUAUACCAGACAUAUUCAUGUGUGCCGGAUUUGACGACGGUGGACGUGAUUCCUGUCAAGGCGAUUCUGGUGGUCCAUUACAAGUUAAGGGCAGAGACGGUCGUUACUUUUUGGCCGGCAUCAUAAGUUGGGGUAUUGGAUGUGCAGAAGCAAACCUACCCGGCGUGUGUACCAGGAUUUCUAAAUUCGUACCAUGGAUUCUACAAACUGUCACAUAAUUAUAUAAUUACCAUUAUCAUGGGGUGGAGUCAUUUAUGUAGACUCUAACUAUAACGUUAAUUAUACUUAUAUACAUUUGAAAUACCGAAUUGGUAGAACGUGUACGUUAAUUUUCAACGUUAAAAAAUUAUAAUUUUUUUUUAUACGUAUGUAAAUAAUUUAUACAUAAUAUAUUAUAAUCAUAAUUUUGUUAGGAUAAUACCUUGAAAUAAAUCUAUCUUCUGUAUGA